AUCCAUAUAAAAUUCAGGUCAAUAAUUAACCACGAACCCAAUUCUUCAAAACCUAAAGUCCUCAUCUUCUCUCCCAUCGGACUUGGAUCACCCACGCCGCGCUAACCAACCACCUCCACUACCACAAGCGACGAACACGAACGACCACCGCGACGGCGACGGCGACGUCCACCCCCUCUCUUCCCCUUUGUCUCGUCGUGGGUUGGUGCGAAUCCUCUCUCACUGUUCGUAUUGUCUUGCAAUACACCCUACGUAUUACCUUCCUGAAUACUAUACAGACUCAUCAAAGAAGUGUGAGAACUGAAGGUUUCUUGGAUUGCAAUGGCAGCUUCUGCAAAACCUCUGACUGCUGAGGACCAUACUUUAAACGGGGAGUGGACAGUCGUUUCAUCUCGUCGUGGAGUCAAAAGAAGAAACACGCCCAGAAUGCCAACCCUAGCGCAAAAGCUACAGCAACAGCAGCAGGAGCCUUGGGCUCCAACUGAUUUCGAAAUCAAUUUUGUCCGAGAAUCAAAACUGAUGCAGAAGAUGCAGAUCUGUAUGAAGAAAUUGGAGAUGUCUCAGUUCUUUCUCAAUUUACUGGAUCAAAUUGGAACUCCGGAACUGACGAAUUGCUUCCAUAGGGUUUUGAGCUCUAAAUCAAAGAUGAACGUGGUGAUCUAUGGAAUUGGCAGCCUUGAGACCUACGAGUCACCUCGAUUGCAGUUGAGCCUUGCGAUCUUGCUGAAGAGAAAUGUCAGUUGGAUUGGAGAUAUAGAGGUGUUUGAUCCUGUUCUUUCUGCCACCGAAACUCGUGUUUUGGAAGCUCUUGGCUGCUCUGUGCUGUCUAUAAACGAGCAAGGCCGGCGUCGGGCUCAAAAGCCGAUGAUGUUCUUCAUGCCACAUUGUGAGGCAGAGUUGUAUGAUAAUCUUCUGCAGGCGAAUUGGGAAGUGCAGCUGUUGGAUUGCAUUGUAUUGUUUGGGAAUAGCUUUGAUACGUAUGAGCAUCACCUGUCAGAGUUUAAGAACUCAGCCAUUGUCGAUUCCACAACCCGUAUCUUGGCUGCUCGAAAAUUCACAGAUGAGUUUAAAAUUAAGACAGUUUCCGAUGAUUAUUUUGGUGCUUUUCAUGAUUCAAGUUGGCAUUUUUUCAGCCCCGUCCUUGAGACAGAGCUGCAGUUGAGCAGAUUAUGAUUAUUUGAUUGGUAUCGAGAAAUUUUAUUGAUGAUGGAAGAAACAAAUUAAGGCAGUUUUGGAUUGAUUAUUUUGGUUGUUUUCAAGAUUCAAGUUGGCAUAUUGUCAGCCCUGACCUCGCAACUGACAUGUAGUUCAGCGAUGUUCUGUGAUGUGUAAGGGAAUCAUGAACAUGCCGAAUAUGAUCCAUAUAAACAUUGGCCUUUACUGUUGGUUA